UGCCCCACACUUCAUAAGCCUGAUGAUCUGCGCACCUUGGAUCCAAGGGAUAGUCCUCAUCUGCUUGGCCUUGUCCGUCUCCGUCUCCAUGCUGACGCUGCCGCUAUUGAAGAACUGACCAAAGACCUUGUUCGGCCAGCCUCGUCUCGCAGUAAAUUGGCGAAUUCAAAAGCACUAUUGGCUAAUGCUAAGGAAGAGGAGAUAAAUGACGAUGCUCUCGUUCUUUUAUACCAUCAAGCGCAGGCAAAGCGGGACCGGAUUAUCAAAGCAGCUCGACUGUUUCUCGAUAGCCUGACAGCUUCCGAAAGAUGGGCAGGAUUUUGUCCAGGUGUGUCAGCAUAA